AUAGUCGCGAAGCACCCCGACACCUAGAAGCCUUUUUCCACCAUGGAUUCGGAGGGACAUGGCAGGGCAGAUGUACUCAACCAACUUGAAACGGUUCCGGACAUUUCCCUGGAGUACUUCAAGAGAUAUUCGCUCCCGGACCAUAUAGACAAGAUUGUAGAUAUCCUCGAGACUGACGGGAUCUUGAAGGCCUUUAACAACAAAUCUGGGCUGCAGUGGGCUGACUUUCCUGUUGACCCAAGGUACAGCCCAAAUGCAGAACAGGAGACUUUCAAGUGUAUGACAACUAUUGCCGCAGCUAUCCCUAGAGUCGCUCAGCAAGUUGUUCCAGGAGAGCGGAAACCUACAACCGUGAUGGAAUGCAGAGCUUAUCCGCCGACUGUCUCAGAAGGGCGCCAUAAAUCACUAGUCCCCGAUGGGUACUACAGACUUGUACAAUCCAGGUCUCCAACAUAUGUUCCAGAUGCAAGAUCCAUGAUGGUCGUGGACGCGCCAAUGUCCGCUGAGAUAGACGCAGAUAGCAUGACCUGGAAUUGGCCAGUGCUAGAAGAAUACACGUGUAACGAUCAUAUUAGCGACGAGAAUGAUAACAUCACAAAGUUAGUAGAGAAUACGAUUGAGGUGAUACGCUCAGACCCCACCCGUCGUUUCAUGUGUGGAAUGACGAUUGAAAACACGAUGACUCGCUUUUGGUUCUUCUCGCGAGCUAUCGUUCUUGUCUCCGAGGCAUUCGAUUUCAUCAAGGACUGUGCGUUUCUGAUGCAUUACAUCCUUUCGCUGUCUUUCGGGACUGAAGAGGAACUAGGCUAUGACCUAUCUGUCACUCGCGUUGCUCAUCCCGUGGACGAAGAUCCUUCACUUCACAUCAUUCAAUAUGACUAUCGUAUCGGCAGGGAUAUCUAUCGAACGGUGCAAGAUUUAAACUCGUUUCGUGCAACAAGCCUGGUCUCUCGUGCGACCCAGGUCUGGAACGUUCGCCAUCUGAACGAUCCUCAAUGCCCAAAACGUGCACUAAAAGACGUCUGGAUACCUUCUGACGCCAGAACCGAGUUGGAGAUCCAGCAAGACAUAUUUGGUAGCAUCAAGAAGAACCAGUCAGGCAUCGACAAGGACUAUCAACGCUACUUCAUGGAAAUUCUUAAAUGCACAGUAGUAUGGACUUCCAAUGACGUCGCCGAUGACAUGUUGGUGUUCGUGCGCGAUCUUGUAGGGAUUAAGGACGGACUAGACUUCGCAGGACCUAAGGGAGGUAGCGUAAGGAAUGCCGACCCAGAAUCCGCCGACAACAGUAGUCUUCACAAGGGCAAAAAACAUGUCCGUGUAGUAUUUUCCGAUGUAGGUGUGUCCCUACACGAUGUUCAACGGCACGAUGUCAUUUUCAGGGCUCUCAGCGACGCUUUGAAGGGACUCUAUUAUUUCUCCAUAGGCCGCUAUGUCCACCGAGACAUGUCAUCAGGCAAUAUUCUCCUCGUUAAUGGAAUAGCGAGGAUCUCCGACCGUGAGUACGCAAAAUAUUUCUUACCCUCUGGUCCAAAAAAUGAGAAAACGGAAACCCCUAUCUAUAUGGCUGUGGAAGUGCAGGCAGACAGGUACCUCUUCUACUUCCGGAAGGAGCUGUGCGUAAAAUAUUCUCGACUAUAUCGGUAUCAUAUGCGAAGACUCAACUCGCGGAAUGUCGUGCGCAACACGAAAUAUUCGACCGCAUCUUUUCGCAUUGUCCUGAGGGUUGCCUUCAUCGAACUGAUAUCCUAUUCCAAUCUGAUAUCCAUGAUGUCGUGGCAUGCCUUCCCGGAAUACGCUCCUGCCGCUCACGCAUUUCAUCGCAUAUGGGCGCAACUACUCAGACUCCACGCUGAAGUGGAAAAUCAGAAAGACUUUCCUCAGCAUGCACAUUUCGACAUAGUCUAUCAUCGACAACCAGAUUCUCUGGUCCAAAGAGAUCUGUUUGAAGCCUUUGAAACAGCUGCAAAAGAAGCGUACACUGGCGGUACCGAAUCGCCACCUCUCAGAGAUACAUCUGAUGAACCAGAGUUACCACACGAGCAACCAGUCUAUAGGGAGGAGAAGGGUAAUGACGGUGACAGCGCUGCCGAGCAAACUCAUGUUGAUCUUGAAGGUUCAGAACGAUCAGAGCCUCCACCAGCUAGUAAGAAGCAGAGGACAGGCACAGGGAAGGAGAAGGUCACCAGCCAAGCUUGCAAUACUGAAGAUGGACCGGUGCAAAGCAUCCACAGCGCGGGAAAGAGAAAGCAUCUUUAGAUUAUGUGUAAAGUGUCUGUUGAAACAGG